AUGCAAAAUGCAGGUCUACACAACAAUGGAGUUCACACAUCAUUGCCUACCGAAAGGAUUUCCCAAUUAGGCUGGACUGAUUAUCAGCAGCUCGACCUGCGGGUUUCAAAGCUGGGCCGUGAGUAUCUUGGCGACACACCAUCACUCCGCAAGACCUUCGGCCACGGCAGCAAGGUUUCAGCUCGUGUUGGUGUGGUGGUGGAACGACGGGGCGAGGUGAAAACUGCAAUCCAGCCGAGAUGA